AUGGGUCAUGGUAGUGCUUACCAUUAUCAGGGUGAUGCCGUUCCUUAUACUUCAAGGCAAUAUCAGUAUUCCCAGGAUCCUUAUUAUCAUAGUGGGUAUCCUCAGUAUUGUGGAGGUUAUACGCCAUAUCCUCUCAUUCUAACUUGUGGAUCUCAGUGGUAUCAGGGAGGACAGCCCCAGCAAGAAGAGAUUGCUUCCAGUAGUGCAGGAUCUUCAAGGCAAUCUGGUCAGCCAAGUCAGGGGCGAGGUAAUCAAGCUAGUAGAGGUCGUAGGGGACGACAACAAACCCAGGGACGUGUUAACAAUAUCUCUCUGCAGGAUGCUCAGAAUCAUCCAGAUUUAAUCAUAGAUUGGUUGCAUUAUAAUUGUGCCAAUAUAGAUUGCUACGGGAAAACAGUUACUUUCCAUCGUCCUGGAUUACCUGUGGUUACUUUUGUAGUGUGGAUGGAGGAUGUGAAAGUAGUCAGACAUUUUUCUGAUGUAUUCCCUGAUGAUUUACCUGGAUUACCGCCAGACCGAGAUGUGGAGUUCACUAUUGAUUUGCUUCUAGGUACGGAUCAAAUAUCUUUGACUCCUUAUCAAAUGGCUCAUGCUGAAUUGAGGGAAUUGAAAUUUCAGUUGCAAGAAUUAGUUGAUAAAGAUCAAGUGGCAUUUUUGGGACAUGUUAUAUCCGCCCAAGGUAUUCUGGUGGAUCUUCAAAAGGUAGCAGCCGUUGAGAAUUGGGAGCAACCACGAACCGUCACGGAGGUACUGAGUUUCCUUGGUCUAGCAGGUUAUUAUCAACAGUUUGUUAAAGAUUUUUCAGUUAUUGCUUUACCACUGACAAGAUUGACAAGGAAAGAUGUUAAAUUUGAGUGGAAUGAUAAUUGUGAGCUGAGCUUCCAGCAGUUGAAGUAUUGUCUCACUCAUGCACCUGUUUUGGCGCUUCCAGAUGGUAGCGCCAUUAUCUUUGCUUUGAAGAUUUGGAGAUAUUAUCUUUAUGGUGAAAAAUGUAAGAUUUAUACGGAUCAUAAAAGUCUCCAGCAUCUUUUUACUCAGAGGGAUCUUAAUCUUCGGCAGCGGAGGUGGAUUAAGUUGCUACGUGAUUAUGAUUGCACGAUUGAGUAUUACCUUGGUCGUGCAAAUACGGUGGCUGAUACACUUAGUAAGAAGACUCCAGUUAGACUUAAUGCUUUAUAUGCUUGUCAUAUUCCUCUUCUCGCUGAUUUGAGGUGCAUUGGAGUGAAGUUAGGGGUGGAAGCUCAAGAAGAAGCUUUACUUGCUAAUUUCCAAGUUAGACCAAUUUUAAUUGAUUGUGUGCUCGAGGCUUAG